UGCUGCUCUGGCUGGAGGUGUUCCUGCUCGUCCCUGGAAUGUCCCAUAAUGAGCACACCCAGCAUCACACACCCCCAGAAGUGGUGAUUCCCUUGAGGGUCACUGCUAAAGGGAGCCACCUGAAGGCCUCAGGUUGGCUCUCCUACAGCCUGCACUUGGGGGGCCGGAGACACAUUGUCCACAUGAAGGUCAAGAAGGCUUUUCUGGCCAGACACCUCCCAGUGUUCACCUACACAGACCAGGGUGCCCUCCUUGAGGACCAGCCUUUUAUAAAGACUGACUGCUUCUAUCAUGGUUAUGUGGAGGGGGACCCCGAAUCUCUGGUUGCCCUCAGUACCUGUUUUGGAGGCUUUCAAGGAAUGUUCCAGAUAAGUGAUAUCAUUUAUGAAAUCAAACCUAAAAUGUUUUCCUCAGCAUUUGAACAUUUGGUGUUUAAGAUGGAAAGUGAUGACCCACAAUUCCCAUCCAUGAGAUGUGGGUUGACAGAAGAGGAAAUAAUGCGACAAAUAAAGUUGCAAGAGAGUGAUAAUCACAUUCAGAAGCAAAGCUCCUAUGAGAGAUGGUGGACCCACCUGUUGAUUAUUGAAAUGGCAAUCGUGGUAGACCAUAAUCGAUUCCAAUCCCUUCAGAGUAAUGUAACAAUAGUGCAGGCAGAAGUUUUCAAUGUACUCAAUUUGGUAGGUACUUUUUAUGUACCAUUGGAGAUUGAAAUAUUUUUAAGUGGUAUUGAGAUCUGGAGUUCAGGAAACAUCCUUACACAUAGUGAUAUAGAGGAACUGUUGACAGAGUUUUGCAUAUGGAAACAUAAUGCAUUUAAUUUCCGAAUUCACCAUGAUAUUGUACAUCUUAUUGCAGAUAGGUCAUUUGGUAUGAAUCUUGGCUUGGCUUAUGUUGGAACAGUAUGUCUGGCUCAGGUUAACUGUGCAGUUCUUAGUUUCAUGGGUUAUAAUCUGGCUGAUUUUUCAGUCAUCAUGGCCCAUGAGCUUGGUCAUAAUUUGGGUAUGCUUCAUGAUACUACAUACUGUACAUGUGGGAAACAUACAUGCAUAAUGUUCCCAGCAAAAACAGCAUCAAAUACUUUCAGCAAUUGCAGUUAUGCUGAAUUUUGGGAUGGUGUUUCCAAAAGGACAUGUAUGCUCAACAGAGGAAAUCCACAGGAUCUAUUUAUACAGAGGCGAUGUGGGAAUAAUAUGGUUGAAGGAGCAGAGGCAUGUGACUGUGGAACCUUAAAAUCUUGUGAAAAAGAUCCCUGUUGUCAGUUGAACUGCAAUCUGACUCCUGGGGCUCUUUGUGCUUUUGGGGGGUGUUGCCAAAACUGCAGCUUCAUGCCAUCAGGUGACGUGUGUAGAGCACAGGUCAAUGAAUGUGAUCUUCCAGAAUGGUGCAAUGGAGCAUCUCCUCAAUGCCCAGAAGAUGUAUACGUGCAGGAUGGGACGCAAUGCCCGAACGAUGGUUACUGUUAUGAAAAGAAUUGUAGUAGCCGUGAUGAACAGUGUAGGAAAAUUUUUGGCAAAGAAGCCAAGAGCGCAAAUCAGAGCUGUUACAGAGAAGUCAACACCCGUGGUGACCGUUUUGGACACUGUGGUAUGAUUGAACAUAACCAAUAUAAAUAUGUAAAAUGUAGUAUCUCUGAUAUCCUGUGCGGGCGAAUUCAGUGUGAGAACGUGACAGAAAUACCCCGGUUGAAGGAGCAUUCUACUGUGCAUAGCAUUGACUUAAAUGGGGUCCUCUGCUGGGGCACUGACUAUCAUUUUGGGAUGACCAUACCUGAUAUUGGUGAAGUGAAAGAUGGCACAAAAUGUGGUCCAGAAAAUAUCUGUAUCCACAGGAAAUGCGUUAGUAUGCCUCUUUUUAAUAGGGUUUGUUCACGUAAUACUUGUAACAGACUGGGAGUGUGCAACAAUAAAGGACAUUGCCAUUGUGACAUUGGAAAGGCCCCACCAAGAUGCCUACUUGAUGGCGAUGGAGGUAGUUUUGACAGCGGUCCACCACCACACAAAGAAGGGAAAAAAGAGCAUAAACAGAGCAUGGACUUCCCAGUGUUUUCGCUUAUUCCUUUGUUUGCUAUACUUUUAUGUCUAUUUUUUCUUUGCAAGAGAAGCAAAAAAAAACAAGAAGAAGAGGAAGAUUCUGACUAGGACUUAGUGAAGAAGAGCAAAUACUGAUUCCAGAAACCAACCAAAUUCCAAAAUACAUUUCCCAUGAAUUGAGUUUCAGUCUUCUGGUGG